UCAAUGCGGUCCCAAAACUUGCGAUGAUUUGGGGAGGUCGCUUUCAUGUCCCGAUCUCGGCCGAGGUCACUGCCCUGGGGGUUGUAUAUGCGAACAAGGCUAUUUAAGAGACGUUAAUGGAGAUUGUAUCAAGAUGGAGAACUGCCCUCCGAAACCUUGCGGAGAGAAUCAGACUUGGGUGUCUUGCGACAGACCUUGUCCCUAUCAACGUUGCCCAAGAGACGACAAGCCGCCACCGCCGUGCGUCAAGAUAGAACCAUGCUACCCAGGAUGUCAGUGCAAACUGAAUUAUUUGAGAAACUCGAGUGGAGACUGUAUCCUGGCCCCGGAAUGUCCACCGGUAAACUGUACUCGGCUAAAUGAAGAGUGGGAUGGGUGCCCCUCAACGUGCCUGGCUGAAGGCUGUGAUAACAUCUACAAUCAGCCUACGACGUGUAAUACUCUCAUUUGGCUCUGCUCGCCUCGAUGCGUUUGUAAGAAGGGGCACUUUAGGAACAAGGAUGGCAUAUGCAUUCCUGCUUCACAAUGCCCAACUUAUUGUAAAGAUCCCAACGCCUCGUGGAGAAAUUGCCUUGAUAUUUGCCCAGGCACUUGUCAAAACCCUAAACCGAUAUGUAUGAGUAAAGUGGCAGUGUGUCGACCUGGGUGUCAGUGUAAAAAAGGUUACGUCUUAGAUAAGCCUGGCAAUGGUGGAAAAUGUGUCAAGAUUGAAAAAUGUCCAGUUACUACAACUUCUGCCCCUAUCACAACUACAACUCCCGCUCCGCCUAAAUGCAAAUCCAAUGAACAUUGGACAGAUUGUUUACCAGGCCAAUGUAAGCCGAAGACAUGCGAUGAGCUGAUAAAACCCGCGCCGUGUCCUAGAGUAAUACCUCCGUGUCCUGGUGGUUGUAUCUGCGACGAUGGAUACGUGUGGGAUGCAACAGGAUGCUGCAUAAAGAAAGAAGACUGUCCAUCUUAUUGUAAAGAUCCCAACGCCUCGUGGAGAGAUUGCCGUGAUAUUUGCCCAGGCACUUGUCAAAACCCUAAACCUAUAUGUAUGAGUAAAGUGGCGUGUAGACCGGGGUGUCAGUGUAAAAAAGGCUACGUCUUAGAUAAGCCUGGCGAUGGUGGAAAAUGUGUCAAGAUUGAAAAAUGUCCAGCCAAGCAGUGCAAGGGAUCGCAUGAAAUAUACAUUCUUUGUCCAGCCGGGCAAUGUAACGCGAAAACUUGUGAUGACCUCGUGAAUCCACCUGGUUGUCCAAGAAUUAAACCUCCGUGCCCAGGAGGCUGUAUUUGCGAAGAUGGAUAUUUGAGAGAUAAAUAUGGAAAAUGCAUACCGAAGGAACAGUGUCCUUCUCUGCAAUGUAAAAAGAAAAACGAACGCUGGUCAAACUGCGUGCUCGGAGAAUGCGUUCCAAGGGAUUGCGAAGACGUUGGGUAUCCAGUACCCUGCCCAGACAUUAUAGGCCCCUGCGCUGGCGGCUGUACUUGCAUUGAAGGCUUCGUAAGAAACUGUGAAGGAGAGUGUAUUGACAUGAAAGAUUGUCCAUGUUGUGGAGGAGAUCCUAACGCGGUAAGCGGUUGCGGUAACCCUUGUGGUAAAACCUGCGCGAGUCUGUACGCGAACAAUUCCGACUUGAUCUGCCCCCAAUAUUGCGAGUACAAUGGCUGCGACUGCAAACCCGGAUACCGUCUUCUAACAGACAGCACAGAUGGCACGGAGUCUAAAAAAUGUGUUCCAGAGAGUGAAUGUCCUAAGCCUACUCCGCAAUGUGGAGCGAACGAACAGUACUACUGCGGUACUUCAUGCCCCGAAGCCAGCUGUGUCGACCCCACGCCUCCAACGUGCGUCAACAAGAAAUGCAAAUUAGCUUGCUUCUGCAAGAAAGGAUUCGUUAGAGACUUCAACAACACAUGUAUACCGGUCAACAAAUGCCCCAAAUGUAAAGGACCCCAUGAAAGACUCAUAAGUUGUCCAAUCGGUCAAUGUAACCCUAAAACAUGUAAGGACCUAAUAAAACCACCUGGCUGCCCGAGAGUAAUACCUCCUUGUCCAGAUGGCUGUGUUUGCGAAGAAGGUUACCUACGAGAUGCGAAUGGCAAAUGUAUUGAGAAGUCACUGUGUCCCAAACCUCCUUGCAAAGCUAAUGAAACCUACGUACAAUGUGCUGUCAAGUGUCCCGAUAAGCACUGCCCGAAAAUAGAUGGACCCCAGCCUGUUUGCGACCCGCCCAGACCCUGCCCUCCAGGGUGCAUAUGCAAGAUCAAUUAUAGAUAUGACCAAUCUGGAAAAUGCAUACUUGCUUCUGAUUGCCCACCUAUAAAAUGUAAGGAUCCUAACGCAAGAUGGGAUUCAUGCCCUCCAGCCUGCUUGAAUGAGCAAUGCGAAGCAGCGAACUCUCCGCCAGUAACGUGCAACACAUUGCUUCUAAAUUGCAACCCUCGGUGUGUUUGUAAACCAGGGUAUUUUAAACACCCGAAAACUGGAUUAUGCGUUCCAGCUAAAGAAUGUCCGGGCGUGUGUAAAGACCCCAACGCCUCCUGGACGGAUUGCCGUAACCCCUGCCCAGGCACUUGCUACAACACGAAACCAGUAUGCCCGACCAAACCUUGUAGCCCAGGAUGUCAGUGCAAUGAAGGCUACGUUUUAUCUAAACAAGGGAAAGAUGGAAAAUGCGUUAAAAUUGAAACAUGCGCAGAUUACAUCCACUGUCCCUGCAAUCAAACCUUUGUACCAUGCACAUUUAAAGGAUGCCCCCAAGUAAGGUGUCCUGAAUCAGAUCAAACGAUUUUGUGCAAGCCACCACGAGACUGCCCUGGAGGGUGUGGAUGCAAGCCCUACUAUAGGUAUGACGUCAAUAACAACUGCAUCAAGUCGACUGAUUGUCCUCCAGUUGAAUGCACCAGAGCACACGAGGUGUGGAAGUGCAAACAUUUGGGUGACUGGGAGUAUUGCGAUGAGAGAUACAACUCUCCUCCGUUUGUGCCAGGCGACCCUGAUGAUUGCGAGCCGAAGUGCGCGUGCGAGCAAGGGUAUUGGAGAAACCCUCAGACGAAUACGUGUGUUACAGAAAAUGAAUGCCCCCCAAUUUAAUGAAUAUAAAAAAGACACGCAGAAGAACGACGAGUAAAUCCUAAAUGGUAUUCGUUUUCCUAAACUAUAAAUAAUUAU